CUCGUUCCUCCUUAACUCUUAACUUGAGCGAAGCACAUCCCCGAGAACUUCCUACUACUCCCUCAAAACAACAAUAAGCCAACUGCCCUUACCUCUCGAACCAUGCCGCCGGGCUUCGCCUCCGGGCAGGCGCCUCGGCAGCUCUCUACCGAUCCUAUCGAAACCGACAGCGACACAAUCGAAGAAAAGGCGCCUCCAUUACCGCCACCCCGAUCUGGGCGUUCGCGGCCACAUGAAGGCAAACAGGAUUUCACCACAUCUGGAGCAAUAGAAAAGAAGCAUUUUCCAACAUUCGCCAGAAGCGCAGACUCCGAAACAAUACCGACUCCAUAUAGUCAAACCGAACACUCCAGCCUCUUGAGCGGUCCCUCUCGACAUGUCGACAAAAUCUCUGGCGAUCGCGGCUCCGCUCCCCAGACGAACCUCCGAAAGCGCAUGAGACAGCUGGGGGAGGACAUCAGCGAUCCCAUAGCCGAAAACCUCAAGGGAACGCUGGACUCCCCCGGUGGCGACGGAAAUCCGAACUCGCGAGCGGAGAUCGGAGGGGGUAAGAGGGCACGGCAGACGAUCGGGGGUAAAUCGCAGCUGUGGUCCUCCCAGCCGAAUAGAUGGAGUGGCAGCGGCGGCGGCAGCGCCAAUGGCAGCUCCGGCGGCCGAAAGCCUCGUGGUUUGGUGUCCCAGAAUAAACUUAAUAAGCACUGGCAGAUUACGACAUUCCAGAAGGGUACGCUACAAGCGAAUUCGGAUCCGAGAAACGGGGAGGAUCUCCAUCUGGAGUGGGAAGCGAAACGGAACGGAAAAGGAGCGCAAUUCCGAGUCAAAAAAGUGGAUGGGCACACUAAGGCUUCCGAAGUGCUUGCGGAUUUUUCCGCAGAUUUUGUGAAGCUCUAUCACUGCGAGAAUCAAAUUGGGCUUGAGUUCCACGGGACGAAACAUACUUAUGGUUACCUUGCCAUUACAAACAAAAAAGAUAUAGAGGAAGUGAGGGGUGCUCUCACCUCCGAAUUGGAGCGCAAAAAAGUCCACCAGGUCGAUGAUGAGCGGAUGAAGAAACACUGCCAGAACAUCAAAAUGCACAAUUCACGCCACGAACAGGUGUCGCUCGUAGAGGAUCCUGAAGAUUUCGAACGUUUGCGUGAAAUGGAGCAGAAAUUCGGGAUCCGGAGCUCUGAUCCAGAACCACGAGGACCUUCCAAGUCUCGGGCGCCCUCUAGUGAUACUGCAAGGCCUAUGACUGCGCAGGAAGCCAUCGAUUUUGCACUCGCGAAGUCUUUACAGGAACAUAGUUCACAGGAGAGACGGAGGUCUACCAGGAGUACGGGCGGCCGUAUGCCGUUCCUAAGUCUUACGCAGACGAAGAGAACCACCAGAAGCGACAAGCCUAGCAACGAAGGCAUGAAGGAGGCUGUCAAACGCCCCUUGGAAAUAGACGAAGAUCUGGUGUGGGCAAAUAAACGCACAAAAUCGCUGCAAUUGCCGGAGCCACGAUGGUCCCGGCCAUUGAUCUACCCAUCUAGUGGUCUAGGACGUACGCCUGUCGAAUACGAUGACCUCUACCGAUUGAAUCCGGAGGAGUGGCUGAACGACAACAUCAUCAAUUUCUACAUGAAGUAUCUUGAUGUGACCCUCAAAGAGAAGAAUCCCCGGUUGUCAGAACAAGUCCACUUCAUGAAUACUUUUUUCUACGAGCGCCUCUGCCAAAAGAACAGGAUCGGCGCCAGCAAGGAGAAGAAUCUGGACGGAAUCUUGAAGUGGACUGCGAAGCUUGAUUUGUUCAAAAAGAACUACAUCAUAAUCCCGAUUAAUGAAUGCUCUCAUUGGUACCUCGCUAUCGUGUGCAACCUUCAUAAUUUGGAGCGAAAGCUUGUGGUCGACACGCCCAACACGGACUCGGAUGAGGCAUCCGCCGAUGAGCCGGUAGCCGCCGUGGAUCCUUCCACCGACAGAUCGUCUGAUGUUUCAGACACCCUGACUAGCACAGAGAGCAUGUCGGUCGAUAAAGACGAGUGGCCGUCGGAGGAUGAGGUCGAGCGACUAGACGGCGAGAAGGAAGCCAGCAAUCACAGCGCCAAACUAUCCCCCAAAACUCUAGGCAUUGACUCUUCGUCUAAUUACGCAUAUGGGAAUGGAUCGAAAGCUAAGCGGAAGAGUAAACACUACGUUCCGCCAAACACACCUGCGAUCAUUAUCUUGGAUUCAAUGAAUGUGCCACGGCAGGCUGCUAUUGCCAGGCUAAGGGAAUGGUUAAUCCACGAAGCGAAGGUCAAGCGUGGCCUGGAGAUUUCAAAAGCCGAAAUCAAGGGCUGCAGUGCCAAGAAUCCUGACCAGGACAAUGGGUACGAUUGUGGCGUCCACGCUUUGCAUUACAGCGAAGUCUUUCUAGACCAUGUUGAGACCUUCGUGGCAUCCUUCCUCGCCCGGAACUUGAGUUGCGAUAACGAGAUCUGGAAGGUGGAAGGCAUCCCGACCCUGAGGAAGAAAAUCUUCGAUCUCGUGUGCAGCCUGUACGAAGAACAGGAAACCGAGCCUCAGGAAUCCAAGGUGGUCGACAGUCCCCCAUCCUCCCCCCUACCCGUGCCCUCUUCGUUGCCCCUGCCCUCACCAAUGUCGAAAUCGCCGAGUACCUCUGACCAUACCUCCGACGAUGAUGGAGAUGCCGUUAGCUCUCAGGAAAAAGAGGACUCGCCUGGCGAGCAGCUCGUUAAGGAGGCGAAUGUUGACACCGACAACACUGAGCCAGAGGAACCAGCAGCAGAACUCAAGCUGGAGCCUACGGUGAUCAGGAUGACGGAGGUGCCCGGGCCUGAGGGUCCCAGUGACCCUUGGAGGGCCGUUCGCUCGUCGUAAGGGAGAUGGGCGAUUCGUUUUCUUUGUUAUUUUCUUCUCUUUUUCCUUGUAUUUUUUUCCACCUAUCUUUUUUCCUAUCUUUUUUCUUCCUAUAUUUUUUUUUUCAGAUUGGAGUUGAUUGGUCGGGGUUGGGGUUGGGGUUG